AGUUGCUCUUGGUCGUAAUCAGCCCUUGAAAAAAGAGAAACCGAAAUGGAAAAGUGAUUACCCCAUGACAGACGGACAGUUGCGCAGUAAGAGAGAUGAGUUUUGGGACACAGCACCAGCUUUCGAAGGUCGCAAGGAGAUUUGGGAUGCCCUCAAGGCUGCUGCACAUGCUUUCGAGAGCAAUGAUCACGAACUGGCACAAGCAAUCAUUGAUGGUGCAAAUAUAACACUACCACAUGGUGCUCUUACAGAGUGUUACGAUGAACUGGGCAACCGGUACCAGCUUCCCGUCUACUGCCUCGCCCCACCUAUCAACAUGAUAGAGGAGAAGGGCGACCUGGAGACUCUGGAUAUUCCUGAUCCCCCACCCAAUUCAGGGCACGAAUGCCAGCUUCGUUUGCGCCUGUCCACAGGCAAAGACCUCAAACUCAUGGUCCGCAGCAUGGACACGGUGUACCACAUGAAGAGGCGGCUGCACGCGGUGGAGGGAGUGGAGCCGGGCAGCCAGCGCUGGUUCUUCUCGGGCAGGCCGCUGGCAGAUAAAAUGAAACUGGAGGAGCUGAAAAUCCCAAAGGACUACGUAGUGCAAGUCAUCGUGAGCCAGCCCUUAGCAAAUCCCACCCCGGUGGAAAACUGAUUUCUGCUUGUUUAUUGAUUCUUCUUUCCUCCGUCUCUGUCAUGGGGUUUGUUUUCACUGCCCUCUCUUCUUUUGGUUUGUCCUGCUAAUGGAUUGGUUCCAAGAAAUGACCAGCAAAAAUUCCAUCUGUGAUGGAGAUCUGCAAAAACAAAACAUAAAAAUGUAAACUGGCCUUUGGGGUUUGCCUGAUCUCAUAUUUAACACAACAGCAAGCAGCACAGGGCAAGGGCAAAGGAAGGAGUGGGAAGAGGAGGGGAAAAGGCAGGAGGUACAAGAAGGAGGGAAGAGAUUGUAGUUCACUUAAUACAAAAAUGUGAUGAUUCUUAAAACUGUAGGUGGUGUCAUGAUCCAUGGAGCCAGAGCAACAGAGAGCACUUUUAUUUAAAAAAAAAUAAAAAUCAAUUUAUAAAAUUUUCUAUCAGCACCACAUACAGUUCAUGCAAGAAUCACAGCUGCUCUGGGUAGGUCCCAUGCUGCGUGUUCACGGGGAUCCUUUCUGGUUUGACCUAACUUGCGUGCUUUGUCCAGGCACAGCCGAGGCACAGCCGGCCCCAGGCAGCAGAGCUGGGCUGCGGGCUCGGUCCCGUCCCAUGCGGGCAGCUUCUGGCGAUGCUCAGACCAAGCAAUUGUACAUUCCAAGAUGGCAACACAGUCCUGUGCCAUUUCUGGCUCCCAAGCUGGGAAUGCAGCCUGUCGGAGCCUUAGGCAAUAACUUAGUCAAUGUAUACUCUCACGUACUGUACUGUAAACCUACUUGCUACAAGAUUGACUUAGCCUGAAAUUUACUGGCUCAUCGGCACCUGAGUAUGUGCCUGCCGAAUCACUGUAUAUCACUCGGAUCAUUAAAACAAGUUUUUAUCAGGCUAGCUAAGGUGAGUGAUGCGCUGGUCCGCGCUUAAGUGUUAGGUGCAUCACCUUUGUCAAAUGGCACCGGUGUUAUAGGUCCAGGUUAAACUGCAGUUACACUCAGAUGCAAUGGAUUGCAACUUUCCCCACUCGGUUCCUAGAGGGCACAAAGCAUGGAAGAUGGUAAGGAGGACACGACGGCACACGGUUUUCAGCUUUUUGUGUGAGUGUCAUUUGAAGCAGCAGCCAGCCUUCUAGCUCUGGUGACUCUCCAGACAGGACAACUGGGAGGUAUCCUCACUGACACGCACCCACGGCCCAGAGCGUGACGGUGUUUCACAGCCAGUGCUUUCCCUUCAGAAUGUAAGAGGAGCCCUUUUGGCAAACGACAAAUCCUUUUGUAGUCUCAAAAAUCUGAAUCAGCAUAUUUUUUUGGGGGGGGAAAUCUAAUUGCUUGUUCCCUCAGCGAUGCUCUCUGUGUUCCUUUGGCUGCUCUGCACCCCUUUGGUUGAGAUCAAAUGCCCUGUUCCUUUUAAACAUGGUUUCUAGCUUGCUUGUUUUUUCAGCCACCAUUGAAAUGACUUCACUUCUUCCGAAGUCGAAUGUGUUAUUCAGGUAUGAACAGCAUAUUUUUACUGGUUUCUGUCUUCCCUCUCUGAAUCAAUGGUUUAAAGCUACAGUUGUCCCAGCUCUUUCUCCUCUGCUAGUGAAACUGGUGGGUUAAUUGACAAUUUUAAACUUGUUACUUUUGCUCCUUCAUUAAUUCCACAGAACUCAGUUUCUCGGACUCGAAGGGAGUUCUUGCUCCGCGAGCAUCAGCAUAGAGCCAGAAUGAGCAGAGGUCACUUGUACAACAUCACGAGUCUUUCCCAGCAGGUGGAAGCAGGCGCAGAAUUUACAUUGAUGGUUGGAAAACAGAUCCACGUUUUAUAUGCAUUUCCCACCCUACCCCAAAUAAAUACAGCUUUCUUUUUGGUCCCUGUGUUGUAUUAAGCCUAUGGUUUUUUGACAGCUCCUUUAGCCCCGAUUUGGUACAGGAUGCCUGAAGUGCAGUGGCAGAGCUGUGUAAAGGAAAAUUAGUUCCCUGUUCUCAUAAACGCCAAAGUGACUUGGUUUUCUUUUUUCUUUUUUUUUUUUUCUUUUUAAAGAUGAAAUCAAAGUUGAUAAAUACUAACCUAUAACAAAAAUUUUCUAUUGUGGAGUUUUUUUAAGACAAAUAUGAUUUGCUAUGCUGGAUUUUUGCAGCAAGAUCUUUUGCAUUCCAGACGGGGGAAAAAAAUAUUUGAUAUAUAAACAACUCAAAAAUCUCUUGGAUUUUCACUGGGCAAAGGAUGGUUUCAUGCCAGGAAGACACUACUUGUCUUGUAAGGUAUAGCUUACAUCUCUGUAUAAAUGGUGUUUACAAUGUCAUUUCCCUGCAGUCCCUUCUGGAAGGGGAGAAAUCAUGAUAGAUUAAGGAGGAACAGACCAGGGUGACAAUUCUGUAACUGUGAACACUAAAACACUACAUUUUUUUUUUUUUAUGGAUACACGUUGUUGUUUUUUUUUUCUUUUUCUAUUUUCAUUCAGGCAAUUGUCACCAUGUACUGGUGUUGAGAUUACAGCAUGUGGGGGCUGGGAGAGCUCCUUCUUUCCCUUUCCCCCCUCUUAGUUGGAAAAGGUUCAGUUUUAUUAUGCCGUAAUAGAUGACCAUGUUUUAUAUUAAUUGCUUUUAUGUCAGGGAGCAAGGUGAUGAUCUGAAAGCCAUGUUGUGAGUGGGCUUUGAGUAGAACAGAGAAUUGGUUCAUGAAAAUACUCUUCUCUAACAGCCUCCCCUCCUCUCCUGUCCCUUAAGCACAUAUCUAAAACUGAAAAAAAUCAAUGGUAAAAUGCUUUUAUCAGUGAAAGUGAAGACUCUUCAACUUCUUCUGUACAAAAUAACGGAUGUGCUAAGCACAUACCCUGCUGGAAACAAAUUUUACAAGAUUUGUGUUAGGAAAGAAUUCUAAGUUUCAAAAUAUAUAUAUAUAAAAAAAAUAUCAGUAAUGAAGGCAUACAGGCAUACAGCAUGUUGACUAACAUAUCCCAUAUAUAUAACUAGAGGUUGCAAUAUACAUUGAGAGAACAGUCAUUUAUUUGUCUCUGAAAUGCCUUGUCUUUGUCCUGCGAGAUGGUCUUUGGUGCAAAUGCCAGCGCAG